UCCCCUUCGUUCUCCACAAACUCCAAAAGCUUGUGUUCUCUUCCUAGCUUAUAUAAUUCUUUCUCAUCUUUUUCUCUUCUUUACCACCAACUUUCUCAAAGAUUUUCCCAAGAAAAAGAAAAAAAAUGGGUGGAAAUUCACCCUGUGCUUCCUGCAAGAUGCUGCGACGUCGAUGCACCAAGGACUGCAUCUUUGCUCCUUACUUCCCUUCCGAUGACCCCCGCAAGUUUGCCAUCGUUCACAAGGUCUUUGGUGCUAGCAAUGUUAGCAAAAUGUUGCAGGAUCUUCCAGUUCAUCAGAGGGCAGAUGCAGUGAGCAGUAUAGUGUACGAAGCGAAUGCAAGGAUGAGAGACCCUGUCUACGGCUGCGUUGGAGCCAUAUCCUACCUCCAAAACCAGGUUUCUCAGCUCCAAAUGCAGCUCGCAGUGGCUCAAGCUGAGAUAUUUUGCAUCCAGAUGCAGCAAGAGCUGCCUAUGCAGACUCCGAACAAGCACGAGCACGAGCAUGAGCACGAACACGAGUAUGAGCACGAGCACGAGCUGGAGCUGGAGCUGGAGCUGGAGUUGGUUGACCCAGAUGACAAAUCAUAUUUUCUCCACGACAACCUCCCUCAUCAUCAUCAGUACCUGGACUUUGCCUCUUCUAGCAAUGUAAUGCAGGGCUCUCUCAAAAGAGAGUCUCUCUUUGGACAUCAUGACAUGAUUUCUUCCUAGUAAUCAUAAAAAUGUUUUCAUCUUUUAGACCUUUCUAAUGUGUUAAAUAAUAAUUAAAUGAUAAUAUUAAUGAUUGAGUGAUUAUUAUACAGAAA